AACAACCAAACCCCUUCCUCCUGCUGCUGAGAGAAAAAGGAAAGCAGCAAAGAGAACCUGGGAGGACUUAGGGGAGGAAUGUCCCCCUCCCACAACACAAAUGAAACGAUGAAAGAGGCCUUGAGGUUCUUAAAAUGUCUGAGGGGGAGGAGGAAGGGAAGGCCCUCCCAGGGCUGAAGGAGAUAAAGGCAACAGCAGCAGCAGCAGCAGCCAUCCCCCAAAGAGAUUGCUGCUGCAGUGCUUCCUUUCCCAGGCGCCCAGGAUGGCUGAGGAGGAGGAGUGCAAGAAGAAAGGAGGCAGCAGCAGGAACAGGCGCCAUCCCAGAAGUGGGAUGGAUUCGUCUUUAUUAACAAGGUUUCUAGAAGUACACUUGAAGCUGACUGACAUAUACUACCAUCCAAAAGAAAUUCUUGUGAAAUUUCAAGGCCAGUAUUACACAGAAUGUGAGUUUGACUACCACAUACUACAGAGUGAAAUACAGCAGGUGUCAAAGGUAAGAGAGAGCCUUGGCGAUGGUGAAGUUUGUUUAGUAGAAGAUCCAGAUUGUGGAGAAUGGUACAGGGGAAGAAUAGUACAAAAGAAGAACCAAAGCUAUGAAGUAUUUCUUAUAGACAGUGGAAAAGUAUUGACAGUUCAUGAAACUCACAUUGCUUCUGCCACUGAUGAGCUGUUCCAACUGCCUCCAAAGAUGGUUUUUGGUAUUUUUGCAAAUAUUCUACCAGUGGAUGAAAAAUGGACUCUAAAAGCUUUGAAUUACUUUUCAGCCUUAAGGAACUUGCAGAUUAAAGGCCAAAUACAAGCCAUUCUACCACAUCAAACAUUUCUCCUUGAUGUGCCGAAAAUAACUAGCGAUUUGGUUGACUUGAAAUUGGGAAAACUUGUUGACGGAGAUACAUUCUGUCUAAUUGUAGAAAUGUUGACUAAAUUUCCAAAAGAGUCUCUUUGUAAACAAAUGCCAGAUCUAUUGCAGCAGAAAUACACAAGGUCAGACUCUGUAUUAUUCAGUGCUGGAACGGAACCAGAACAAAUUCUGAAAAACCUUCAGCCACCCUUACCUGUUGGUAAGGUAGAGAAAGUGAAAAUAUCUGUGGCAGUCAGUCCGAGUAAAUUUUACUGCCAGUUGCUAAGACAGGAGAUGGAUCUGGAUAUGUUGACGGCACACAUGUCCUCCCUUUAUGAAACUAUGAGUGGAGAAAAUAUUCUGUCCUUUGAGAAUCUUGGAGUUCUUUGUGCAGCAAAACGGAAAAAUGGUCAGUGGCACAGAGGAGUGAUUCAGCAGCUGCUUUCUGAUAACAAAGUGAAGGUUUGGUUUAUGGAUUUUGGCGGUUGCGAAGUUGUGCCUUCCAGUUAUGUUUUGAAGCUUCAACCAGAAUUCAUUUCAGUGCCUGGGUUUUCAUUUGCUUGUGCACUAUCAUGUCUUAAUGAUGAGGAGGAAACUGUAAGACAAAAGCAACUAGAAAUAUUUAAGGAGGCCCUGUUAAGACAAAGCACGGUUUCUGUCCAGAUUGAUCUUUUCUGUGCUGAUGAAUACGUGUAUUAUGUUACAUUGCACAAAUAUUCUGCAGAAAAUACUGAACAUCUCCCUCAAGGAAAUAAUGUGGUUCCACAGUGCUGUCCUUCCUUUAACAAGGAAGUUUCUUGUACAUUGGGGGACACGACCUCUGGUGCAAGUCUUACACUUUCUGAAUGUAAUUAUAGAGAUACUCUACAAUCAGAACAUUCUUCAGAUAAAAAGGACUCUCCUUCAAUGUGCUGCCCUUUAAAAAUGCCUUGCCAAACAGCAGAAAUGAAAAUAGAUUCUAUCUGUCUUGCUGUUACAGUGUAUAUCUUGAAUCCAUCAAACUUCUGGGUUCAAACUAAAGAUUAUCUAGAUAAGUUUGAAGAUUUGAUGGAAAAAAUAGCAGGUGUAUAUGAUAUAGCUGAAACUGAUAAUAUUUUAGAAAAUCCAGAACCUGGAAAGCUGUGUUGUGCCCUAUAUGGCAAAGAUAAGAAUUUCUACAGAGCUGUUAUAAUGAAAGUGGAAGGCAGUACUGCUACUGUUAGCUUUUUGGAUUUUGGGAAUACUGCAAUAGUGUCUCUUUUUGACGUGAGAAUUUUGCUUCCUGAAUUUCUAGAAUUACCAGCCUUAGCCAUAUAUUGUUCACUUGCUAAUGCACAUUCAAUUCAGGAUGAAUGGAUUAAGAAAGAAACUGACUUUUUUAAAACAAUUGUGGAAGGCAAACUACUCAUAAUCCAUCCCAUUGCAAAAAAGAAAGAUGUGUACAUUGUCAAUGUACAGUGUAUGAAUGGCACAGAGCAAGGUGAUGUUCUCAAGCUUAUGAUUCAGGCUGGAUAUGCAGAAUAUUGGGAAGUAAAGAAAGAUCCACUUCCCGAAGUUACCACAGAUUCUCAAGAAGAUUGCUCAAAACUUGAAUGUAAAAGGGCAAAAAUUAAAUCUCAUACUCAGAAGAAUAAAAUUGUGAGCUUUAACUGUGCUGGUCAGAAUAAGAAAUUACUGAAUAUUUGUCCUCCUGUGAAAAAACCUGGCUUUGCUUCCAUACAAUGGGAAAGCUUACUUUCCAAAAAAUAUAGAAAAGCCUUUGGGGAAACUAAGAACCAGAAACCUUAUAAAGAGUACACAUUUAAACCAGGAACUAUACUUGAUGUGUUAUGUUGUCACAGUAUUUCACUAGGUCACUUUUCAUGUCAGAUGCAGAAUAAACUAAUGGAGCUAAACAACUUGAUGGAGCAAAUUCAACUUCAUUACAACACGCACACAAACCCAUAUGAGAAUGGGCAGGUUGCCUGUGUUGUCAAACAUUCUAAGGAUGGAAAGUGGUACAGAGCUGCAGUACUGGAACGGCUUUCCAGAACUGAAGUUGAUGUAUUAUUUGUGGACUAUGGCAACUGCGAAAGAGUUUUGCUGAAAGAUCUUCAAGCUAUUCUCCCAGAUUUUCUGACACUGGAAAGUCAAGUAUUCAGAUGUUGUCUUUUCAAACUUACUGAAUCCUUAAUAUUUGACCCAUGUAAUUGGACUGAAGAGGCAUAUAGUGAUUUCCAGGAUUUUCUCUCAUCUUCCCAUGGGAAACUGACUUGUACAAUCUUUGCCCUAAUUGUUAAGGGUCCCAAUUCUCUCUAUAAUGUGGUUGACCUGCGGAGUCCGUUUGGUAGUUUACAUCAGUUUCUCCUAGAACGUGGUCAUGCACAGUUUGGCUCUUUUGAAUUUUCAAGAUCCAUUACGCCAUCAUUCUCGCUGUACAGUUUUUACUAUUCAUCUUUUAAUAUAAAAAUUGGAAAUGAAGAGAAGGUUUGUGUAACUCAUAUAUACAGCGCUAAAAAAUUCUAUUGCCAGCUAAAUAGAAAUGCAAAGGAUAUAGACACGCUGUUGAAAAAGAUUGCAGAGAUUAGUCAAAUGACAAAUGGUAUAGACCAAAUAAAGACUAACAGAUUAUGCUUAGCCCAAUAUUUUGAAGAUGGCCUCUUCUACAGAGCUUUAGCAUUUCCCAGCGAAUCAUCGGAUUACUGCCAAGUAAACUUUGUGGACUUUGGGAAUAAACAGUUGGUAGCAAAAAAUAAAUUGAUUCCUAUUCCAGAUCAUGCUUCAGAAUUAUUCUUCACCCCUAUGCAAGCCAUCAAAUGUUAUCUGGCAGAUUUUAAAGAUGCUGAAAUCCCUGUUGAAAUAAAUAAAUGGUUUGAAACAAAUUACUUGGGGAAAGAUCUGAAAGCAGUGAUAGUAGCUAAAGAAUCGGAUGGGCAGCUUGGUGUGGAAUUGUAUGAUAACAAUCUACAAAUAAAUAGGAAGAUCAGAGAAUUAUUAAAACAAAGUAAAUGUAACAAGGACCCAGAAAUUAUAGACAGAAGUAGAGAAGAGUCUGAUAGAAAGAAGGAAAUGGUAUCCAAAGUGAAGUUUGAUGCAGAUAAAACAGAAGUAAAAAAAAAAGUGGUUAGAUGGAAUAAUGGAAUAGGAAACAAACCAAAUCUUGGCAAGUUAAAUGCUGAGUGUGGAAAAGGAACCUUUGAUCUUAAGAAACAGCAUGUAAAGCUCCCAACAGAAAAUACAGGAAUGUUGGUGCAAAGUGUUGACCACCCUAGUCAAGAUGUGCUUGAAAAUAAGAUGACUGAAUCACAUUUGAGGAAAUUAAGCCCUUUUGAACAAGAAAGGAAUGGUACUAGUAGGAAAAAAUAUACCAGUCUUAAGCAACAUAAUAUUCAGCCAAAUACCAAAAUUUUGGGUUACAUUUCCUGGGUAACUAGCCCGUCAAGUUUCUAUAUUCAUUGUGCAGAGGAUGAGGAUACAAUUGUGCAACUUGCUGAGAAACUGAACGCAGGUGUGCUGGCUUUCAAGCCAGAGACACAUGUUGAACUUGAGGAAGGGGAUGUUGUUUUAGCAGAGUAUGAACUUGAUUAUUGCAUAUAUAGAGCUGUUGUUAAAGAAAUUAAAUCAGAAGGGUAUUUUGAAAUAGAAUUUAUUGAUUAUGGUAAUACAACAAUAGUGAGUGCAUCAAAAAUCUUCAAGAUGGAAAAGGAUUUCUUAAAUUUCCCAAGACUUAGCAUACACUGUUUUCUUAGCAAAGCAAAGUGUGCUUUUCCAUAUAAAGACUGGAGUAGUGAUGUUGCUGCCUACUUUGUCACUAAAGUAAAAGAUCAGCUACUCACGUUUGAAUUUUUACAACAGCAUGGUCAACAGUGGGAGAUUGAUAUAUUAUUUAAUGGAGUGUCUAUAAUAAGUGAGUUGAUGCAGAGAGAAAUCAGUAAAGGUUUACCGAAAAAACUUGUGUCAAAUCUUGAUCACAUCACAAAACAGCUUUUAAUAGCAGAUGCAGAUUUUUGCAAUCAUUAUCAAACUAAAAAACCAGAAAGCAAAAAUAUGUGGGAAGGUCUGCCUAAGGUUGCCUACCAAAAAAUAAAACCUGGACAGAGAGAAAUAGGUGAAAUAGGUCAUGUUUCCAGAAAUGGUGAUUUCUUUGUGAAAUUGAAUAAGGAUGCCCAAAUGCUGCUUGAUUUAAAUGUGAUGGCUGCUGAAGAAGCUGAAAAGAACUCCUUCCCUGCAGUGGAAAAUAUUAAAGAAGGGUUGGAAUGCCUGACAAAAUCUCAGACAACCUUGAAAUGGUAUCGCUCUGAAAUUAUAAGGAAAUAUGCAGAUGAGGAGUAUAUGUUGGUAUUUUUCAUGGAUUUGGGGAAAUUUGAAGUAGUAUCAAUUCAUGAUGUGCGGACUCUGGGUGGCAAGAUCCGAAGUAUUCCCAGGAAAGCAGUGCCUUGCAAAUGGGUUUGGAUUGGAAAUCUAGGCAAUCUGUCUUUUCAGAAUGUGGUAACAGUUAUAAAACACCAUGUCAUAAAGUUCCUGUUCCUCAGAUACCUGGAAUCUAUUUCUGUUUGGGAAGUAGACAUUUUAAUAGACGAGAGUCUCCUUUUGGAAUAUUGGAAUCGCCUCAUUUUCAUUAGAUCUUUAACUAAUAUAUCAGGAAAUAUAUUAAUGGAUAAAACAGUGCCAGAGUUAUCAUUCAGACCUAACUCAGUUUUAUGGACAUCAUUCCAGACCGAUAGGAAGUAUGCUGGAUUUGUCACAUCGGUCACUGACCCUUCAGAUUUCUGUAUCCAGUUAGAAGAUUCAUUUAAAGCUCUGAAAGCAUUGUUUAUGCUACUGUCUGACCUUCCUGAAAAUCUGCCAUCUGUGCCACAGAACUUCAUUGUUCCUGGUGCCUGUUGCUUAUUAAAGACUGAGGAUAAUGAAAAGUGGAACAGAGUUGAAGUUUCUGAAGUCUUAAGAGUUUCCAGUAUGUUAAUACUUACUUUUAUUGAUGAUGGGUUAUCAGCUUCCUUUCCUAUCUCUGAUAUCCACAAAUUGAAAGUUAUCCCAGAAGACCUUGUCAAAUGCCCACGAUUAACUUACCCUUCUUGUUUGUUUAGAGUGUCACCUGCUGACGGGAAUCAGUGGAAUGAUGAAGCAAAACUUAAAGUUCAACAAUUUUUUGGAAGACAAGGUCUCACAUUCCGAUUUAGACAGAACCGCCAUGGACUGAAACUAGAGGUAGAUGUUUUCUGUGAGCAGAAGAAUGCAGCAGACAUGUUGGUUGCUGCAGGUUGUGCAGUGUAUACUAAAACUACAGCAUCCUUUGGUUCAAUUAAUUGUGCAAACACUGGUUUGUUGAACUCACAAAAUCUUUGUGAGCCAUCUCAGAUGUGCAAUCAAAAGAACUCUGAUGCCAUAAUUGUGUUGUCAGAUAGGGAGGAAGAUCCACAAAAAACAGGUUUGCAUUUCAGAUGUGGCAAAAUUUCAAGACAGAAUCACACCAAAAAAUUAUGUUCUAAGAAAAAAGCUUGGAAGGCAUUGAUAUGCAGUAGCAGAAGAAAUAACGAAAGUCGUCUUAACCUAUUUAACCAAGCUGGUGACAGAAAAGUCAAACAAACUCACUCUACAGGUCUCCUGUCAAAAGCAACACACAAGAUCCCUGCUGUUUCGGAACUGACUGCCAAGAUUGAUGGGAUGCAGGUUCAUGAAGAGAGUCAAGCACAUGAAUAGUUCAUGGGAGAGGUAAAAACCUGAUAAAAUGAAUCUCUACACUUGGAUACAAGUAAUAAAUUUGGACACUAGUCAAUUGCUCAAGGCCUCUGCAGAAAAAUACAGACCAUAGGUUAACAUUUUAAAUUGCCAGUGUUUGCGAUGGAAUUAUUCUACCAUACUCUUACAAUUCUAAAACAAACAUCCAUGAACUUGAAAAUUUGCAACAGCCUUUAGUGUUCAUACAGUUUUGGCACAACUGUAUUUGUUUCUUCCAGGCAAUUGUGCUUUUUAUCAGUUCUUUGUAUCUUGAUUUGUUUUUGAAAUAAUAAUGAAAAGAAUUGUGUUUAUUAUCUCAGUCUUCUUGCAACAUUGGUAUCCUUGUGGACCAAGGCCUAAUCUUUUUUUUUUAAACACCACUUUUUUCUGUAUUGCUGAAACCAUUAGUAAAGUCUAACAAUGUUUUGUAAUUUUGUUUGUGGUUUCAAAAAAAAGUAACUAUGUAUCAACUAGUUUCUGAAACACUGCAGUAAAAUUUAUUCUGUGGAUGGAUCCACGUAUUAAACUAUAGCAGACUGUUCAGCUGAAAUUACUUACACAACAGGCUAUAUAAGGAAUGCAGACUCGUGAGAAGCAGCAACUUGUUGUGCAUUUGAUCCCUGAGUUUUGUGGAUUUCAGCUUUAAGCACACUUGUAGUAUGCUUUAAGUACACUUCUGCUUUAAACGCACAGUGCCAAGCCUGCCAAAGCCUCUUCGUGUAAUGCUUUUACUAUCCGAAAGAAAUUGAUCUGGCACAGAUCUAAUAGAAUGUCAAAAUCUUUUGACUCCAGCAAAACAUAUUGGCAAGUAUCUUUAUUAUUAUAAAAUGCAGGUCAGUAUUCCCUGUGAAUUCUCACACGUUCUGGCAAUUCCAAUGGUAUAUUUGAACGAUCCCCUACUCAGUUUCACAUGACUGAGAAUACUCACGUAUUAACUGAGUUCAUUUAUUGAAGUCUGGCUACAGAUAUUAAUAUGUGCUAAGGAUAUGUAUAUAUCAGGAUACAUACCAAUAAGAAAUUGGUAUUAUUGACAAUGAUUUGAAGGCACAUAACAACAACAUAAUGUUUUGUUUACCAGAAGGAAGUAUCUAAAUUGUGCAGCAUAUUUUAUUAUAUACAGUAUGUGCUAUAUAGAGUGUAUAUAUUUAUUUGGUUCUAAAGGAACUCAGCACUAAAUGUUGAUAAAUAAUUUUUAUCUGCUCACAGGAACUGUAAUUUUGUAGUUUUAGACAUGCAUUUAUUUGCUUGCACUUUGCUUUUAUUUGUGUGAGGAGCUGCAUUUGAAAGGGGAAGCUCCACUUAAGGCUUGAUAGAUUUCUCUUUAAAAUCCACUCCUUCCCAACUCAUUAUAGCUGUUUCACAGAAGUGGUUUAAACAGUGCCUCCAAAUGAUGAAAGGAACUGUUGCAUCUGAAUACUGUGGUCCAUCUGUAGAGCUGAUGCAUCCUCUUUCACUGAGGGGUUCUUCUAACACCAGAGAAGAAUAUGCUUCUUUGUUCAGACAAUCCAUAUGAAGCCAAACUAUGUACUUACACAAUCUCAUGAUACGACUUCAGAAAUUCUGAUGUUAACUGGAUGUUAAUAAAGAACUUGUUUAUUAGGACAUUAAUUAACUUAUGAGGGAACUAGCACAUAGUAUUAAAAUAUUUAUGUUCAGUCUUUAUGUAAAUAGAGUGUGCUGCUGUGUUUAAGUAAAAACAUCCUCUGAUUUCAGUGAUCUGAGCUUCUUAAUGCAGUAGCAAUAAAGCUAGA